AUGCAAGCUCCAGUAGUUUAUAUGAAUACGUCUACUGAAAGACAAACUGGUCGUCAAGCCCAAGUGUCUAACAUCACAGCUGCUAAAGCGGUUGCUGAUAUUAUCAGAACUUGUCUUGGACCAAAAGCUAUGUUGAAGAUGUUAUUAGAUCCAAUGGGUGGUAUUGUCUUGACUAAUGAUGGACACGCUAUAUUAAGAGAAAUUGAUGUUUCCCAUCCUGCUGCCAAAUCAAUGAUUGAAUUAAGUAGAACUCAAGAUGAAGAAGUUGGUGAUGGUACUACCACGGUUAUUAUCUUAGCAGGAGAAAUCUUAGCUCAAACUUUCCCAUAUAUUGAAAAGAAUAUUCAUCCAGUUAUCAUAAUUCAAGCUUUAAAACAAGCUUUAAGUGAUGCAUUAGAAAUUAUUCAUGAAGUUUCAAAACCCGUUGAUAUCACUAAUGAUGAAGCCAUGAUCAAAUUAAUUAAAGCAUCUAUUGGUACUAAAUAUAUUAAUAAAUGGUCACAAAAAAUGUGUGAAUUAUCAUUAAAAGCUGUUAAAACUGUUUAUAUUGAAAAUGGUGAUUAUAAAGAAAUUGAUGUCAAAAGAUAUGUAAGAAUUGAAAAAAUUCCUGGUGGAGAAGUUGAAGAUUCAAAAGUUUUAGAUGGUAUAUUAUUGAAUAAAGAUGUUACUCAUCCAAAAAUGAAAAGAUUCAUUGAAAACCCAAGAAUUAUCUUAUUAGAUUGUCCAUUAGAAUAUAAGAAAGGAGAAUCACAAACUAAUAUCGAAAUUACUAAAGAAGAAGAUUGGAAUAGAAUUUUACAAAUUGAAGAAGAACAAGUUAAAUUAUUCUGUGAUCAAUUAUUAGAAUUCAAACCUGAUUUAGUCAUAACUGAAAAGGGGGUAAGUGAUUUAGCUCAACAUUAUUUAUUGAAAGGUGGAGUUACUGCAUUAAGAAGAGUUAAAAAAUCCGAUAAUAAUAGAAUUGCUAGAGCCACUGGUGCCACUAUUGUCAAUAGAAUUGAAGAUUUAAAAGAAUCUGAUAUUGGAACUAAAUGUGGAGAAUUUAAAGUUGAAUUAAUUGGUGAUGAAUAUUUCACUUAUUUAACUAAAUGUUCAAAUCCUCAAGCUUGUACUGUUAUGUUAAGAGGAGCUUCAAAAGAUAUUUUAAAUGAAAUUGAAAGAAAUUUACAUGAUGCUAUGGCCGUAACUAGAAAUGUUAUGUUCGAACCAUCAUUAUCACCAGGUGGUGGUGCUACAGAAAUGGCAGUAGCUGUAAAAUUAUCAGAAAAAGCUAAAACUAUUGAAGGAGUUGCUCAAUGGCCAUAUCAAGCAGUUGCUGAUGCUUUUGAAGUUAUUCCAAGAACUUUGAUACAAAAUUGUGGGGGUCAUCCUAUCAGAAUCUUAUCACAAUUAAGAGCUAAACAUGCAGUUGAUGAACAUACUUAUGGUAUUGAUGGUGAAGCUGGUAAAGUAGUUGAUAUGGAAGAAUAUGGUAUCUGGGAACCUGAAGUUAUUAAACAACAAUCUAUAAAAACUGCUAUCGAAAGUGCAUGUUUAUUGUUGAGAGUUGAUGACAUUGUUAGUGGUGUACGUCAACAAUAA